UCGACCGCGCCGCCCUCUCCCCGUACCUCUUCGUUCGGCCUCCGUAUUGUAUUGGUAUUGCUUCGCUCUUUUGGUCUUCGCUCACGGCGGGAGGGGAGGAUUGGUCUGCUGGAAGACCGCAAGGUCACCUGAUACAUGGAGCAAGUGUGUUUUUUGUUACUUUCUAUUAAGUGCCGAGUUUUAUCUCUUGAUGGAGUUAUUGACUGGAGGCUUUCUGUGCAUGGAGCCUUCCUUCUCAUCUUUUUCAUCAACUGCACAUAGAAGCUUGCUACUGUUCUACGACCUUCAAAGGCGGCCAUGCAGCUUUUUUUUCUGAUGUUGGGGUAGUGUUAAUAGUGCAGCCUUGUAAGCUGACUUUGCUGCACGCAAGGUCUUCAUGCUAUCAACAGCUUUUGGCGUAUCCAUCUUUCUUUAAGUUGUCGAUGCAGCUUAAGUUAUCAUGAUCCUAUUGCACAAGGAUAACAGUGCUGGUGUCAUUUCCACCAUAUCUGAUCCUACUUCGUCAUCGUUCCAUCCAUUGGAUCUUGUUUUUUGAGUUCCAUUGGAGGUCAUGUAUGCCUUUAAUCGAGCAUGAAUCAACAAUGGGUCCUAAAUCGGUUAGGAAAGAUUUUGGUGCUCACACCUUUUGCCUAGUGCAACGGGAUGUAAAUGUUUGUCCAGGAACUAUACCGACAAGCAUUGACAAAAUAGUGUUUCUGAGUUAGUCCAUCAGGAUGAUUCUAUGCUCCCCCAUCGUCUUUGAAGUUUUGCCUAGUGUUUCCUUGUCCUCAGAAGUUCAUUUCAAUCAUAAGUGUUUCAACAGGUGUGAAAUAUACAUUGUGCUUAGGCACCCUUCUCUUGAAUAAGACAGACUGUAGUGAUUAUAUAUUCAGCAAAAGAUGGAAAGGUACAGGGUAGCCAAGGAAGUCGGAGAUGGAACCUUUGGGACUGUUUGGCAAGCAAUAAACAAACAAAGUGGUGAAGUGGUUGCUAUCAAGAAAAUGAAAAUAAAGUACUACUCUUGGGAAGAAUGCUUAAAUCUCCAGGAAGUUAAGUCUCUGCGAAGGCUGAACCAUCCGAAUAUCAUCAAGCUCAAGGAAGUCAUUAGAGAGAAUGAUACGUUGUACCUAGUGUUCGAGUACAUGGAGUGCAAUCUUUAUCAACUUAUGAAAAAAAGGGGCAAGCCCUUCACAGAGGUUGAAAUCCGGAAUUGGUGCUUUCAGAUAUUUCAAGCUCUGGCUUAUAUGCACCAACGUGGUUAUUUCCAUCGUGAUCUGAAGCCUGAGAACAUACUGGUAACAAAGAACAUUCUAAAGAUAGCAGAUUUUGGCCUUGCUCGUGAAGCCUCUUCAAAGCCACCAUUCACAGAAUAUGUCUCCACACGCUGGUACCGAGCCCCAGAAGUUUUGCUUCAAUCUUCUGUUUAUGAUUUUGCAGUUGAUAUGUGGGCAAUGGGAGCUAUCAUCGCUGAGCUUUUCACACUCUGUCCCCUUUUUCCUGGAUUGAGUGAGGCAGAUGAGAUCUACAAAAUUUGCAGCGUCAUUGGACCUCCUAAUAGGAACUCCUGGGCUAAAGGAUUGCAACUUGCAGAUGCUAUUAAAUUUCAGUUCCCACAGUUAGCGAGUGUUCCUCUUUCUCUGCUAAUUCCUUCAGCCAGCCAGGAUGCGGUAAACCUCAUCUCGUCUCUUUGUUCUUGGGAUCCCAGUAGAAGGCCCACAUCUGUAGAGGUCCUUCAACAUUCUUUCUUCCAGCCGUGCUUCUACAUCCCACCAUCCCCUCGUGUUAGGUUAUCAGUGGGAGCUCCAAAAACAUCUCCAUCUGUUAUCAUGAAAGGAGUUUUAGAAUCAGAGGCUGCUAGAAGAUAUUCUCUGGAAGUUUUGUCCAAUGCAAGAAUGUCGAGCAAUUUAUCAUUUACAAAUGUAAAUGAGUCCUCAAGGACAGGUGUUCAAAGGAAUAUCAAGAUGAGUCACCAGGAAAACAAGAAUGAAAGAUUUGAUACAAAUGAUAUUAAACCAUAUAGACAUCAACCAGCUGCAAGAAACACUCCUGGAUAUUCCCGAAUGACUUGUAAUGUGGUUGAGAAAUUGGCUCACUUGACGGUGAGUCCAAACAGAGAUUCACAUAUUGCUGGGAAAGCACCAAAUCUGAACCUGCGUCCAGCGAGGGAGCCAUCUCAGCUAGUGACACAACCUCCUGCCUUGAAAUCUGGUAUAUGGCACGGGCGCACUGCUUUACUUGGCCGACCUAAUGAUAUUCCAGCAGCUCGAUGCUACCAUGCAAGAAAAGUUGCAGGCUAAGGACUCGUAGCUGCCCUACAAUAAAAGUCAAAGCUAAGAACUUGUUUGGUUUAUUACAUAAAAAUUUCUUCGUGUUGUUGGUGACGACCUUUGACUACGGUUGCUUAUUACGAUAUAUUAUAUUUUUUAUAUGUGAUAUUUCUUAGCUAUCCAAGGCUCAAAUCUAUAAA